CCAAAGGCUGGAUCUAACCCUAAUCACCAACAGUCAAGAACAUUUCCCCUUUCCUCCCUUUCCCCUGCUCUCUCAUACUGUCCUCUUUAUCUCUUCACUAGUUCCUCAUUUCACAUUUCAAGGGGACUCUGCGCUCUACCAGUGGGACUGAAGAAUACUUGCUCCUUUUGACAUUCAGUAAGGUUUGCAGAGUUCACUUAUUCCUGCCAGUUGUGCAGAAGUGUGCAGGAUCCCAGGCUGUCUACAGCACACUACUCAGGAGCUCACAAUGAACAGCAACCUAGCAGAGAAAGAGAGCUGUCCUGAUGAUCUCAGCCUUCCAGAGGAUGAGGUUAGGACGCUGUUUGUUAGUGGAUUGCCAUUAGACAUAAAGCCACGAGAGCUGUACUUGUUAUUCAGGCCAUUUAAGGGUUAUGAAGGUUCUUUAAUAAAACUUACAUCGAAGCAGCCUGUUGGUUUUGUAAGUUUUGAUAGCAGAUCAGAAGCAGAAGCUGCCAAGAAUGCAUUAAAUGGUAUACGCUUUGAUCCAGAAAUUCCUCAGACAUUACGGUUGGAGUUUGCAAAAGCAAAUACAAAAAUGGCCAAAAGCAAACUUGUUGGAACCCCAAAUCCCAGCACACCUCAACUGAACAAUGUACCUCAGUUUAUCUCCAGGGAUCAAUAUGAACUCACAGUGCCUGCACUACCGGGUAGCCCUGAAGUGUGGGCGCCGUAUCCCCUCUACCCAGCGGAACUAGCACCUGCUCUACCUCCUACUGCUUUUACCUAUCCCGCUUCACUGCAUGCCCAGGUCCGUUGGCUCCCUCCCUCAGAUGCUACUUCUCAGGGCUGGAAAUCCCGCCAGUUCUGCUGAGUAACGUGUACCAGGUGUGUGAUGGCGGCUAUAUUCUGUCUUGUGGGUAUUGAUGUGUUAUUCAUUGUUGGCCACUGGAGUCUCGGGAUAUUCAUUAAAACAACAGUGUGCUGGCUACUACAGGUUACAACAACUGAAGACAACCCAUCACCAUUACAUCAUUAUUCCUUCAAGAUCUGACCAAGCCUCCAUCACACAUCUGCCUUGUCAAACUGAUAUGCAAGUGAAUAUCCCCUUCCCCUUGUACACUGUAAAGAACUUCAAGUGCCUUAUAUGAAAGCUUGGCUUGCUAUUCAUUGCGGGCUAACCCUAAGAGAACCAUCUGGGGGCAUGUAACUAGCAGUCUCCAUCCUCCAAAAAUCUACUGUGUUGAGAGACUUUGUCCAAUACUUGUAAUUAAAGAAAAAAAUCUAUUUUUUUCUUAAAUUUAAGCUGCAUGUUUAUGAAUAUUAAGAUAUGUUUAAAGGAAAGAAAAGAGAACUGUAUUUUUACAAUAUGGAGAUUCUGUCUGUGCGAUUUGUGUGGGCUGUACAUAUUUCAUGCACUAGAUCAGCAUGUGCCCAGUACCAUUAUAACCAUACCGGGAACUAAUCAGAGUAGAGAAGCAAUUUCUAGUUGUACUUAAUGUUAUAAAGUAAGAAGUGGUUUAUUUAAUAUAAUUCUCUGUGAAUUUGUUGUAUGUCAAUUAUGUUGUAUUCGAAACCUGUGGAAAGUGCAGUUAAUAGAAUUCCGUUACUGGAUCCCCCUCCCGCAGAUUGGGCUGACACAUUCCUGGUGAUAAUGUCCUCUUUAUUCUCCAUCCUAAUCUUUAUCAGUAAACGUGGGGAAGGUAUCUCCCCAUUUACCAUUGUAGUGCAUCUCAAUCACAUGGCUGAAUCGAUUCAAUCUACAAUUGUGGUGUGAGGGCUGAUUCACAUGACCGUGCUCAGUCCGGGAAACACAGUCAAUGUGUUGGCCGCAUCUCCUGGGGCUACAAUGGCUCCCUUGACCCAAACUGACUUCAUAAUGAUGUUUCAGUCAGUUCCUAUCAGAUAUUGGGUCUAUUGUACUGUACUCACAUGAGGAACUGACUGCGUCAUAGUGAUUUAUGAUAGUCAGAUCCUAUCAGCUUGCAGGUCUAUUGUACUGUACUCACUUGAUGUGAGUACAGUACAAUAGACCCGUGUUCAGAUAGGAACUGACUGCAUCAUAAAUCACUGAUGCAGUCAGUUCAUCAUGUGAGUACAGUACAAUAGACCUGCAAUCUGAUAGGAACUAACUGUCUCAUAAAUCACUAUAUAUACAUAAAUGCAGUCAUUCUGGGUCUGGAGAGCCGCGGUUGGUUCGGCAGUUGCGGCCAACACACAGACCAGGUUUCCUUGACACAUCAAAAACUCAAUCCCCGCUGCCAUGAAGACUACUUUGUCUCGCAUAUAUCCAGUGUCAGUCCUAACAAAAACCAGAUACUUUAAAGGGUCACUUUCACCCUUCCAGUUUUUUGAUCACAUAUUACCCUAUAUGUGAAUAUUUUUAGUAUUUUUUUUUAACACAAAAUAGGGGUUUGGUUUUCUAAAUCGAAUUUUUUAAGACACUCCAUGGAUUCUAGUUUCUGUUCAAGCUCUUAUCUUAUUUUCUUUCUGAACUUUUAGCAGAAAGGUUCACUUGUGGUACUUUUAUUGAGUCACCACCCCUCACUCCUCCCUGGUCUGACAGUUGGUGGGAGAUUACUGCUAAGGAAGGACCUUAUUUUGCAUUUAAAAAAAAAAUUAUUCCACUUUCUGAUGGAAGUGCCCCUUUAACAUACAUAUUAAUGCAAUGAAUAUCAUGUUCUUGUAUUAGCUUCAUACUGAAUGUAGAUCACAUUAUGUGCAAUAUCCAUAACUUACGAUAAAUCCGUUGUGUAAUGAGUUUGUUUCUUCCAUAGGCAAAUGUGGUAUAUUUAUAUGGCUACAUUUAAGGUCAUAUAUACCAUAGAGGCAAACCAUGUAGGAGAUGUAGAGGAUUCCCCUGUGGCUAUGAAAAGGGCAACAAACAUCAGGCCUUUGUGACAAAACUUGCCACCAUAAUGGACGACCCAUUUUGACCUUUUACAUGCCCACCUCUCAUCUGUUUAUCCCAAUAUGCAUAAUUUAAUUUCUGUUAUUUAAGAAAAAUGCUGAUUAUUUUUUGAAUAUUUGGACCCUCCAGUUACCCCCCCCCCCCCCCUUCCAAGUUAAAUGUUCUUUGGGAGCAAACCUAUUUAUCACCUCUCUAGAACAGGUUAAAUGUAUGAUACCGGAACCCCCC